AUGACUAGCUCACCAACUUCAUCUACUUGCGCUACAAUGAACAAUGACAAAUUAUCAGGUCAAUUGAUCAUCAAAGCUCAAUUAGCUGAUGAUAUCCGGAAAAUGAUGAUCAAUAAUGAAGAUUUAACAUUGAAUGAACUUGUUCUGAUGAUGCAGCGUAUCUUUGUUGGUAAAAUAUCGAAUACCGAUGACUUGAUAAUCAAAUAUUUGGAUGAUGAUGGAGAUAAAGUCACUCUUUCGAAUGAUAGUGAUCUGACAGUGGCUUUACAUUUUCAUAAAGUUCUUCGUCUAUUUGUAUUUGUCAAUGGUAAUGAACAAAUCAAUGCAAAUUCAGAUAAACAAGGAGAUUUCAUUGAUGAGAAAACUUUUCGGACGGAGUUACAAGCCAUUCGAAACUCAGUUCAAACCAUUCUUGAUCGUCUUCAAUUGCCAACAAAUGACGUGUCAGAUGCACCAGCAACAGCAAAUGAAAUUGAAUCACAGAAAUCAGUAUCUGCAACAGCAGAAACUCCGCAAUUAAAUGCAAAUCAUAUGCUUAAUGCUUCACAAACACCAGCAACAAAUUUUGUUCCUUCAGUAUUCAAACCAGAGCAAGAUGCAAGAACAAAUACAUUUGGUCCUCCGCCAACAACAUUUACUGGCGUACUACCUGCACUCAAUAACACAACACCAAGAUUUCCCCCUGUAGCGACUCCAAGUAGCAACGGGCCACCAACAAUUCUUUCUCCCAGUACACCACCAACUGCAGCUACUGCUCAUCAAUAUCACCAACCAACAUCCUCACCGACAACAGUUUCUCCUCAGCCACCUCCACAACAAGGAGGAUAUUAUGGUCAACAGCAGAAUUUAUACCAACAAAGACCAGCACAUCCGAGCUAUGCACCCAACAAUGCAUAUCCACCACAACAGCCGGCAGCAAACAGUUCACCGUUUGCUCAUGCUUCAUCGCCGCCGCCGCCACCACCAAUGGCUGCUCAACAACCAUAUGGUGCCUAUCCUCCACAAAACUCCUACUACAAUCCCGUUCAACAAUAUCAUCCUCAAUCAUAA